CAAACACUGGAUUAUAAAUUAAGAGUGAGUGACGGCCGGGAAACUCUUAAAUCCCAACAAAAAUCAAUCCCUUCCGCAUUUUCAGUUUUCCCUCCAUUCGUGAGCCGAGCCUCAAAAAGUGGCUGAGAAAAAAACCCUCACUCACAGACACUCAAAAAGAUCAGUGUUAUAAUGGACGCAACUAGUAUGAGUACACAAAAUCGCCCAUUUUCAAUCAAACUGUGGCCUCCUAGCCAAAACACUAGGCAAGUGCUCGUUGAUCGGGUGAUAAACAAUCUUUCAACUGAAUCCAUUUACACUGAGAAGUAUGGAACUCUGAGUAAGGAUGAUGCUGAAGAGAAUGCAAAGUACAUUGAGGAGAAGGCAUUUUCCACAGCAGAUCAACAUCAUGAAAUGGAGCCAGAUGGUGAUGGAGGUUCUGCAGUGCAGCUCUAUGCAAGGGAAUGCAGCAAGCUCCUCCUAGAAGUCCUAAAAGGAGGUUCUAUUAAAAAGGACAAGAAGUUAACUUCUGAAAACAAUAUUGCCUCCAAGGAAACAUUUUUUGAUAUAUCCAAAGGCCAACGAGCCUUUAUUGAGGCUGCGGAGGUUGAAGAACUUCUAAAGCCAUUAAAGGAGCCAGGGAAUUCUUAUUCAAAGAUAUGUUUCAGCAAUAGAAGCUUUGGUUUAGAAGCAGCCCAAGUUGCUGAACCCAUUUUGGCUUCUCUUAAAAGCCAGUUGAAAGAAGUAGACCUAUCAGAUUUGGUUGCUGGGAGACCUGAGGCAGAAGCUCUGAAGGUGAUGAAUAUAUUUGCAGAAGCCUUGGAAGGAAGUGUUUUGAAGUCUCUGAAUCUCUCAAACAAUGCCUUGGGUGAGAAAGGAGUUAGAGCUUUUGGAGCUCUUCUUAAAUCACAAGCUGAGUUGGAGGAGCUCUAUUUGAUGAAUGAUGGCAUCUCUGAAGAAGCUGCUCGAGCAGUUUGUGAGUUGAUUCCUUCUACAGAGAAACUUAGAAUCCUACAUUUUCACAAUAAUAUGACAGGAGAGGAAGGAGCAGUUGCUAUCUCUGAGGUUGUGAAUCGUUCUCCUCUGUUGGAGGACUUCCGUUGCUCCUCUACAAGAGUAGGCUCUGAAGGAGGAGUGGCCUUAUCUGAAGCUCUAGGGACGUGUACCCAUUUAAAGAAGCUUGAUUUGAGGGACAACAUGUUUGGUGUGGAAGGUGGAAUUGCAUUGAGCAAAGCACUGUCCAAGCAUGCACACAUGACAGAGGUUUACCUGAGUUACCUUAACUUGGAAAAUGAAGGUGUGGUUGCUAUAUCCAACACUCUCAAGGAAUCGGCUCCUUUACUUGAAGUCUUGGAUAUGGCUGGUAAUGACAUAACAGCUGGAGCUGCUCCAGCUCUUGCAACGUGCAUAAAAUCAAUGAAGCAUCUCAGCAAGCUGAACUUGUCUGAAAAUGAACUCAAGGAUGAAGGUACUAUCCAGAUCACCAAGGCAUUAGAAGGUCACUCACAGUUGACUGAAGUGGAUAUGAGCACUAACUUAAUAAGAAGAGCCGGAGCUCGUCUUUUGGCUCAGGUUGUGGUCCAAAAGCCUGCUUUCAAAUCAUUGAACAUCAAUGGAAACUACAUCUCUGAUGAAGGCAUUGAUGAGGUGAAGGAUAUUUUUAAGAAAACUCCUGAUAUUCUUGGUCCUUUGGAUGAGAAUGACCCUGAAGGAGAAGAUGCUGAUGAUGAUAAUGAUGAUGAUGGUGAUGAGGAUAAAGAUGAAGAUGAAUUAGGAUCAAAGCUGAAAAACCUUGAAGUUGGUGCAGCUGACUAGAGGCCAUCCUAUGCUAAAGUAUUUUUCAAUUAAGACAGUCUAAGCCUCAUAGCCAUUAAUAUCGCUGGAGGCAUUUAAUUAAGCAUUAGGAUUGACUGUUCUACUGAAUCUUAUUUUGAGGAAGAGAUGGGGUAGUUUAGGCAAAGCAUUUUGGAUCUACAGAUAUCAGUAGAAUUAGUUGUGUUAGUUAUUUGGUUGUUCAUUGUUCCAUUCGAAGUUGUUAUUUUGGAUUUAAGGAGUUUAUUAUGUCAUCAGAAAUCUUGGCAGAAAAUGGUUCCUUGGAACUUACCAGGGAUCCCAUUUCCAGGGGAUAUUUUAAUAUUUGAAACUAGUAUUCGCUAUUUUUGCAACGCAGCAAAAGUGUCUUGUAUGGGUGUCAGUAAUGAUUAUAGCACUUAUAUUUCA